ACCAGUGCUUUGGCACAUGGGGCUAGCGAGGGGAUUUUUUUACCCUCAGCCUGAAAUUCGCUCCCACGGGGAGUCGAACUCAGGACCCGAGGGGUGCCGCCGGAGUGAAUAACCAACUGGGCUAGCAUCCUUUGGCUGGUAUGAGCAACCUCAUCAGCUUGCAGCAUCUAGUUGCAGCAGAGGAAGUGCACUCUACCAUUGCUGAUAUUGGCAAUAUGACCUCUCUUCAGGAGCUUCCGAAAUACAAGGUUCAAAAUACUAGUGGGUUUGAUAUAAAACAGCUUAAAUCCAUGAGCCAGCUUGUACAGCUUGGAAUUUAUCAACUUGAAAAUGUCAGGAACAAACAAGAGGCUAGCGAAGCAAGACUAAUAGAUAAGGGGCUCCUAAAAGAUUUGCACUUAUCAUGGGGUGGCGGUAGCACUAAUUCCGAAAUUUUGGCAAUGACAGCAGCUGAGGUUCUUGAGGGGCUUGAACCAAAUCAAAACCUUAAGCACCUCCGAAUAAUUGGCUACAAUGGCUCCAUCUCUCCAAGUUGGCUUGCCACUGACCUCUUAUUUACAUCUUUGCAGUUGCUUCACCAAGAGAAUUGCAAGAAAUGGAGAGUACUUCCUUCUCUUGAAAAGCUUCCAUCCCUUAAGAAGCUUAAAUUGAUUAAUAUCUGUGAUGUUGUGGAAAUUCGAAUUCCUUGUUUAGAGGAGUUGGUUCUGACUGAAUUGCCAAGCUUAGAAAAGUUUGUUGCCACUUACAGGAGGGGAUUGAGUUUUAACUGAUCAUCGAGGACUGCCCUAAACUGAAUGACUUCACGCCUUUUCAAGUUCAGAACUUCUGUUCUUUUGGCAUUGACCAGAAGUCUUGGAUGCCGAGCCUGGCUGGCAAUAGUGCAGAGAAAAAGGAAUGGAUCAAUUGGCUAUCUGGUGUCCGUGUGUUGACCAUACAUGGAUGCCCUCGUUUGAUGGUGGAGUUACCUCCCCUGCCACCAGCUACGAAUGCUCAAGUAUCAAUUGAUGGGCUUUCAACACAUCCAAAAAUAGAGGACAUACAGUCGAAGUUUAUUGAUCACAUCCUCUGAUGAGUUGACAAAGCUUGAUGACAAGAUUUUGGCUUUCCAAAAUCUAACAGAGAUUACAUCACUGCACAUUGAGGACAGUCCAAAUCUUGUCUCUCUUUCAUCGGAAGGUUUCAGGAAGCUCCUCAAUUUAAGGGAGUUGAAAAUUCUCAGAUGCGGCGAUUUGGUCUCAUCAUGUGUUAUUCUCAAUGUUGUUUCUGAAGACUGGAAAGUUACAGAUUGUCCUGCCCUCCCAUGUCUCACACGUCUCCAUAUUGAGUCAUGUGGUGGUAUAGCUGGGAAGUGGUAACUGAAAUGCUGCCACAUGUGCAGUCCCUUGAGGAAUUGGAUAUACACCGUUGUCCCCAGAUACAAUCUAUAUCAGUCCAUUAUACGGACCAAGAGGAAGAAAAUGACAGUUUUGCUUCAUCCUCAGAAUGCCAAGCAGUUGGACCAUCACGCUUAGCCCGAGAUGAAUUCCUCUUGCACAUCCCGUUAAAUGUCAUCUGAACGCUCAGGAGUUUACAUAUUCAAAGCUGCCCAGAACUGGAGUUAUGUGGCAGCAAGGAGUGUUUUAGAGGAUUCACCUCCCUCAUGGAGUUAAAGAUUUCAUAUUGCCCUAAAUUGCUCUCAUCCACGAAUGAGAAAUUUCCCCUUCCCCCUUCCAUCCAAGAGCUGCAAAUCGAGUGUCUCCCAACAAGGCUGCAGCCUUACUUUCCUGAGAAUCAGACAUCUCUCAAGAACAUGGUAGUGGGACCUAGCCCGGAUUUGCAGUCUCUACGUCUGCAUUCCUUCACAGCUCUGGAGGUGCUGGAGAUCUACAAUUGUGGUCAACUGGAUGUAUUGGAGGGCUUGCCAUACCUGAACUCUCUUCGAAGAUUGUGCAUUCAGAUGAAUCCUAAGCUGUCUGCUGCAUGGGUUCGUAAAUGUCAAGAUCAGGAGGGAAGGACUCAUGUUCUACUUCCUCGAUCACUUGAGAUACUUUGCAUCAAGGCUCUCCAGGAUGAGACUGUGCCCUAUUUGCUGGCUCACCUCCCUGCCCUCGUCCAGCUAGAGGUAUGCGAUAGUCCAAAUUUGACAUCUCUGCCUCUGGAUUCCCUCGCAGCAUUGAAAAGGGUGAUAAUUAAUAGCUGUGACUCCUUUUCAUUUCUGGAAGGUCUCCUCUCUGAACUAGAGGUAUCUGAUAGUCCAAAUUUGACAUCUUUACAAUUAGGUUCCCUUAGAGCAUUGAAAAAGUUGGAUGUUUUAUUCUGCAAGUCGCUUGUUUCACUUGAAGGGUUGCAAUCCCUUGGGAGCCUCACGGAUUUGACAAUAUUGGGCUGUUACAGCAUAACUCCGUGUUUGGAUCUUAUGUCACAACAGGCAGUGGGAUUUAAUCUAUUCCAUAGACUAGAACGAAUUAAGAUUGAUGACUUUUCUGCCCUUACAACGUCUUUCUGCAAGCACCUUACCUCUGUACAGCAUCUAGUUCUGCUUGAGGAUUCAAAUAUCAAAAGGGCCUAUCUACAGAUGAACAAGAGAAAGCACUUCAGCUCCUCACGUCUCUGCGAAAGCUCAAGUUUAUUCACUGCAAGAAUCUCGUACAUCUUCCUGCUAUGCUACACAGACUACCUUCCCUCAAGAAAUUAUUCAUCCAGGAAUGUCCAUGCAUCUCAAGGCUUCCUGAGAAGGGCCUUCCACCCUCAUUGGAAAAGCUAA